AUGUUUGAUAAAGGAACGGUUAACCAUGAGUCUUACAUCACAAAAGCACUUCCUGUAGCUUUGAGGUAUGGGAAUAAAGUUUUUGGUGAUAAUUGGAUCUUUCAGCAGGAUGGCGCGAUGCCACAUCAACAUCAUUUAACCCACCAAUGGUGUGAAGCAAAUUUUCCAUCAUUUAUUAACAAAGAUCGUUGGCCUGCUAAUAGUCCGGAUUUAAAUCCGUUAGACUAUUCAAUUUGGGAGGAACUGGUCAAUGCCAUGGAUUGGAAUAAAAUUCGAUCAAAAGCAACAGUCAUUCAACAAUUGAAAUCAUCGGUUAAAAAAAUUCGUGAAUCGUUUGUCUUUGAAAGUUGUGAUGUUUGGACUAAUCGAUUGUAUCGCAUUUUUCAAACUGAUGGAAAUUAUCUACGUUAA